GAGGAGAAACAGCUCACAGCGAUACAGAAACGGAGACGAUGUCGUUGCGGAAUUUCGAGACAAAGUGGAAAACAAACCUGACCUCCAUCCUGGAGCAGCUGAGCCAGCCAGAAUUCAGGAAGUUGAUGUCCGAUCUGGACAAAAUCCCUCAAGUUCGGAAGGCGGAGAAGCCAAGAGAAGAAAUGCCUGAUGUCAUCAUCCAGGUGUACGGGACCGAAGGGUCCAUCUCUGUGAUGGAUAAAGAAAUGAAGGUCUUACAGAGGAUGGACGCUCGAGUCCAGGAGCCGCUGAAGCGCUCUGUGGAGGAGCUGAAGAAACGACGACAGAAAAUAAAAGAGGCGGCGAAAAAACCUGCAGCUGAAUCAGCAUCAGUGGCCAAGAAGUCAAAACCUGCAGCUGAAUCAGCAUCAGUGGCCAAGAAGUCAAAACCUGCAGCUGAAUCAGCAUCAGUGGCCAAGAAGCCAAAACUUGCAGCUGGGACGUCGAGCAAACCUGCAUCAGCAUCAGCGGCCAAGGAGCCAAAACUUGCAGUUGCGACGUCGAGCAAACCUCCAUCAUCUGCAUCAGUGGCCAAGAAGCCAAAACCUGCAGCUGGUCUGAAGAGCUGCCAACCUGUCAAGAUGGAUCCUGUUGGAGCCGUGAAGACCAAACAGAAGACAGAAUCCACCAAAUCCACCAAAUCCACCAAGAUGGAUCCUGUUGGAGCCAAGAAGCCCUAACAGAAGAAUCUCUGAAUCUUUGUUCUCUGUCUCUGAAACCAGCUGAACCCACCAACACUUCCACGGUAGCAGCAGAGACAUCUCUGUUCCAUCAAACACUUGUUUAAAAUGCGUUUGAUUCUCCUCUAAAGUCAGCUGUGUUUGUUUAUUUGUUCAAUACAAAAACUGUCAGUCUCUGGUCUUUAAUCAGCUGUUAAAUACUGUGUGUGCAUCAAAUCGUCCAAUAGAGGAACACUCAGCUGGAG